GUUGGUUUUGUCAUCCCAUUUGUUUGCCCACAUGGUGCCAUCGACGUUCACUUUGGGUAGAACUUUAUCAGGCAGCGCUUGCAGCGGCUUCUGGCUUUUUCUGAGAUUGGCAUGGUGCCAGCCCCGGAUCCACCUCCGCCCGUGGCGGAGCCAGCGCCGCGCCGCGCCUCCAUCCACUCUGCAAACUCGUCGGACUCCGCAGAUGCGGUCGUGGUUGCGCUUGAAAGCCUUGGCAGCUCGGGCGCCGAGCCUCCACCAAACGAUCCCACCGAGACGCUUGUGCAGUGGAUGGCCAAAAUCGAGCUCCUGAACCCCGAGCACCGGCGUGCCGUCACCGCGGGCUGCGCCCUGCAGUGGUUUGCACGACCCUGGCGCAUCAGGGAGCAGUGCUAUCACUACAGCUUCCAGACGCGCCAGAUCCAUGACUUCUGGUCUCACAGUUGGAGGACCUCUGUGUGGCAGAAGGCGGGGCUGCUUCUGAUUUGGUACAACGGUGUGGCGGCCUUCCUGAUCAGCACUUUGGGCGUUUUCCUCGUACUUGUGCUCGCGUGCUUGGGCCUCACCCCGGCCUACUCGAAGCAGCCCUGGCUCGGACCACCACUCACCAUCGGCCCUUGGUGCUCCCUAACCGGGCCUUUGCUCUAUAGCCUGGCUUUCACUUUGUGGAGGUCCCGGCGCAGAGUUUGGCUGGACUGGAUUUGCAUACAUCAGACAGACAUGAAGCUACAAGAGUGCGGCCUUCUGAGCCUUGGGGGGAACAUCGGGAAUGCCAAGUCCAUGCUGAUCCUAUGGGACGAGACAUGGAUUGAAAGACUUUGGUGUAUUUUCGAGCUGGCCACCUUUUUGAGGAGUCACCCAGACGCCACAAAGAACCUGAUCAUAUUGCCCAUCUUCUUUUGGCCCUUCUGCGUUGCGAACUUUUGGGUCGGCUUUGCAGUGGGGCUUGGCAACGUCGUGCUUCCGUUCAACCAUCCGCUUUCCUUUGUGAGCGGCACCCUCGGCAUGCUGUUGGUGGUGUUUGUCCUUGAGAAGUUGAUGCAUGAGUUCUACUGUAGUCUUGCUUUGCUGGAGGAGCGUUUGCGGAAGUUCAGCUUGAAUGACGCGAAGUGCGCAUGCUGCGACAACGAUCACAAGGGUCCGUAUGGUCAGGAAGUCAGAUGUGACAGACACGUCCUUAUUCAGGUUAUGUGCCUCUGGUUUGGGUCGGAGGCGGAAAUUGAAUCGCACAUCUCCACGAUUGUGGCUGAUGCGUUGAGGGAGAAGCUUCUGGGCAAGUUUCCCUUGCCCUACUGGAUGAUGGUGAUGUGUCAGAUGCCUGUGCUGUGGGCCUAUAUGGACAUUUUUGCCGCCAGAGCGCGGGACGAGCAGUGGGAGGAGGCAGCUGCCGUGGUCCUGGACUGCUGCAGCUGGUUCUUAAACCUCAUCCCCGCGAUAUCAACAUUCGUGACGUGCCUAGUGCGCUGGACCCAUUCCACUGCCUCCUGCAGGCAGACAUUAUUCCGCUGGAUGUCUCGAUUGGCCGCCAUUCUCAUGCAUGUUGCUGGACAGCUGGGCGUCCGCGUAUGCCAUCACUACAUAGAAAACUAUUUGCAUGGCAAGGCCGUCUUCUUCGGCAUUUCUCUGCUUCCCGCCUUCGUCGCCUGGCGCUUGCGAAGCAAGUCGGCGUGAGAGCUAUGAGCUACCUGGCCACAUAAGUGUGGCUGAUUUUACGGGCGGCCUUUUUCGGCCAAAAGGCCGGUUUCAGCUGAUCUGGCAGUUGUUCGCAA